ACGAAUACGAUGAUAGGGCAAUUUGGUCAUUUUACAUUUUUCACAGUGUGAGCACAAAACGCAACACAAGUGCCUUGCUCGUUCACAUUUCUGUGUCCAUCUCCCUCUCCGUCUCUCAAAAUCUAGCCCUCUCUGUACAGGAUCGCGAAUACUAUUUUGUUGAAGAUUCCAUCUGGUUUCCUGAAGCUUUACAAUCCUGAAUUUGCUCUCGAAGGUGCUUGAAGAAGUGAUUACAUUUUCUGCCGAUUUGAAUUUUUGGUUCAAUUGGCAGAAACUAUAACAAGAUGGUCACAAUACACCGCAGUGGAGGUAGUAGGAAAACACAUGAUGGUGCCAAGAUUGUUGUGACCGCAAUUCUGGGAGUUGUUUUUGGAUUUUUUGUUGGUAUAUCCUUUCCAUCAGUUUCCUUUGAUAAGAUUCACUUACCUUCAGGCAUUAUUUCGUCUUUUGAUCUGGCCUUGACUAAUAAAAACAGAGCUACAAGAAGCAGUCCUCUUGCGAAUGAUGAAUCAGGAAAUGGUCCUAAGCUAUCCAAGAUUUAUGUCCCAACAAAUCCACGUGGUGCAGAAUUGUUACCUCCAGGGAUUGUAGUUCCAGAAACUGACCUCUACCUGCGUAGACUAUGGGGUGACCCCAGUGAAGAUCUAAAGAAGAAGCCAAAGUACCUAGUAACAUUUACUGUAGGUUAUGAUCAGAGGAACAAUAUAAAUGCAGCAGUUAAAAAGUUUUCUGAAGAUUUUCAGAUUCUGCUCUUCCAUUAUGAUGGUCGGACAACUGAAUGGGACGAAUUUGAGUGGUCAAGGAGUGCAAUCCAUAUUAGCACGAGGAGACAAACAAAGUGGUGGUAUGCAAAAAGGUUUUUGCAUCCUGAUGUUGUGGCAGCUUAUGAAUAUAUUUUUAUAUGGGAUGAAGAUCUUGGUGUGGAACAUUUUAAUGGGGAAAAGUAUAUUGAAUUGGUUAAAAAACAUGGCCUUGAGAUAUCACAACCAGGUCUUGAACCCAACAAUGGACUGACAUGGCAGAUGACAAAGAGAAGAGGUGACAGGGAGGUGCACAAGAUUACAGAAGAGAAACCAGGCUGGUGCAGUGACCCACUUUUGCCUCCAUGUGCCGCCUUCGUGGAAAUUAUGGCCCCUGUAUUUUCUCGGGAUGCGUGGCGUUGUGUGUGGCAUAUGAUUCAGAAUGAUUUGGUGCAUGGAUGGGGCUUGGAUUUUGCUCUUAGAAGAUGUAUGGAGCCUGCCCAUGAGAAAAUUGGAGUGGUUGAUUCACAGUGGAUCAUUCAUCAAGUAAUUCCUUCUCUAGGUGGCCAGGGGAAGGGAGAGAAGGGGAAAGCCCCGUGGGAGGGGGUGAGAGAACGGUGCAGAAGCGAGUGGUCCUUAUUCCAGAAUCGACUUGCUAAUGCAGACCGGGCAUAUCUGUCUCACACCAGGAAGGGGUAAUCUAUUGUGGACCAAGUGUUGGCUCGAUUUGAACAUCUGCCACGUAGCCUUGAAUGGGUAUCCUACGUCUCGAUUUGAUGUUAACACAGCCUUGAUGCGUCUUUAGAGGCCUGUUCGUCAUGUGGGUUUGAUCGAGGCCGUGGGCUUAUUUUCUAAGCCUCAGUUUGUGUAAUUCAUAGAUAUUCGUAGUUAUAGAUGAGAGAGAGGAGAGUUUUAUGUGUCUCCCCAAAUUGUUUUGUCUUGUAUACUCGCUUUGCUGUAUUGGAGGGCAUAUUUGAGCAAAGAUGAAUGGUGUCUUCAAUUAUAUUCUUUUACCGGAAUUCGAAACUGCUGGUGUGAUCUUCCAAUAUGUUGACAUUUUUUUUAACCAA